UACUUGUCCAUAGUCCUACUGUCGUAGUCAUAAUACUUAUAUUAUCUAUAUACACAGUAAGUUCUUCGUCGUAAUCGUCGGUCGUCAAAGUGUCGGACAUAAUAUAACGCUUAACAGGUUAACGUAUUUACGUAUUUAUUUUAACGGUCGACGGUCGUACCACAGACUACUCUCGAAGUCUCGUACUCAAAAUACCGAAACCGAAAAGCUGAAAAAUUAUUAUAAACUACCGGCUAUCGAAUUAGUAAUAACGUGCUAAUUUUUCAUUUUUCAAUAUUCAUGUGUCUGAUGUUAUAUUAAAUCAAAAUGGAGAAUUUUGAAAGCACUAUUCUUCGUUGGAUGUGUUUAUUUGAUGAAUUUAAUGACAAUGAAUAUUCAAAUACAAAACAUCUCAUAUCCAGUACAUCAUUUAAACAAUUUGUUGAUGAUGUAUUUUGUUUGAAAUGUUCUUCUGCUUUGAGCACAGAUGAUACAAAAGUUUACAACACUAUAAAAGCAAACUACUGUGAGUUUGAAGUUCAAAACUAUGAAGACUUAUAUAAUGAAGACAAUGCAAUUUAUGCAUGUGUCAUUGUUUUGCUACAUGCAUUAUUAAAAUGUACUAAUGACCAGUACAGAAAUCAGUUGAGUGAGAGAAUGGAUAACGAAGAACAAAUAUUUCUAGCAAAUUUCUUAGAAGCUACACAACCUUCAUUAUUCACUAAACAAAAUAUUUCUGAGGCACUACUGUUAUUAAAAGAUUCUAAGCAUACUUGUAAUAACGUUUCAGAAAUAUGUUCAAAUAACGACACGCCAAUCAAAUCAAAAUCAAUGCGCCGAAGCUAUUUACAAGAAUUUUGUCAGUCACCAAAAUCUCAAUCCUUGAUAAAUCAAGAAAAAGAAAAACUUAUUACCAAACUUACCGAGGACUAUAAAAACGAAUGUGAAGAAAACUACAAGUUAGCUGAAAAUGUUAAAUGCCUGCAAGAUCUUAAUACAAAACUAAGUAAUAAAUUAGAAGACAAAGAUAAAAUAUUACAAAUAUUGAAAGAUGAAAUCAAAGAAUAUUCCAAACCAAACCCAUCUCCAGAAUGUUUAAGAGUAGACAGCGAUUUAAUUAUAAAAAAAUUAAACAGAGAUAAAAUAGAUUUGGAAAUGAAUUGCAAUGAAUUAAAGCAGCAAGUAACAGAACUUGAGAAAAAACACAAAGACCUUAAUGGAAAAUUUGAAAUGAAAACUUUAGAUUAUAAUAACCUUAUUUUAAUGUUUGAAAAUAUUGAAAACGAAAAUAUGUUGUUAAAAUCAAAUUUGAAAUUGUUUGAAGAAACCAUACAAAAAAAAGACACCGAAAUAAUAUCAUUAAAAGAUGAAUUAUGUAAUAAAUCAAUUACAAAUAAUCCAACAAAUAUAAGCGGUCAAGAGAACAAUGCUAUGACUUCAAAUACAUUAUUUAAUGAAUUGAGUUGUUUAAAAUUAGAAGAAAUAACACAUGAUAAAGAAAAGUACAGGCAUAAGUACAAAUCAAUAAAAAAAGACCUAUCAAAUACCAAAAUUCAUGUAGAAGAAUUGAAUGAGAAAAUAGUAACAUUAGAAAAAAAGUUGAAUGACUAUGAAAUUCAUAAGGAUGAACUGAUAGACCAAUUCUCAAACAAAAUAAAAGAACUUCAAGAAUGCCAAAAGAAAAAAAAUAAUUUGGAAUCAAAAAUUAAGCAUCUUAAAGAUACUAUCAAAGACAAUGAAAAUCAUAUUGAAUCACUGUGCUCUAAAUUAAAUAAAAGAGAAAAGGAUAUAGAAAUAUUGUCCCUUGAAAUAGAUUCUGUGAAAAAAUCAAAAACUAUGAUUGAACUAAUUUUAACCAAAACUAAUACAGAAAUUGAAGCUAUACAUGAAGAACAUGAUGAAAAAGUAAAAAAUUUGGAGUCAAUAAUUGAUGACUAUAAAAAUUCAGAAAAAUUAUCUCAUCAAAACUUGAUGGAUUUAGAAAAUAAUAUGAAAAAUGUUCAAGAUAAUUUAGAAAACAAAGAACACAUAAUAAUAUUUUAUGAAGAAAAAAUGGCUGAAAAUUACCAAAUAAUUGGUGUUCAAGAAGAACAAUUGAAAACUAUGUACCAAGAAAAACUUAUGUUGGAAUCCCAUUUAAAAAAUAUAAAAAUUGAAAUUGAAAUACAACAGAAAAAUUUUAGUGAAAAAAAUUGUGAAAUGGAAAACUGUUUGGAAUAUUAUCUUGAUGAAUUGAAAGAUCUCAAGGAUGAAAAAACAAAAAUAGUAGAUAUUUUACAUUCUAAAGAAAAUGAAAUAGAACAACAACUGAAACUGAUUAACAGCCAUAAAGAUAGAAUUGAAACAUUACAAUCAGAACAGUGUAGCCAACAGCUAAUCAUAAAUGAGCUUAAUGAAGUUUUGCGACAAAAAUCUUCUGAAAAUAAUGAUUUAUGCGCGAAAGUACUAGAAUCUACUUUAGAUUUAAAUAAGUUAAAAGAACAACUUGAUGCAUCAUUAGUUGAGAAUAAUAAAAUAAAAACAAACUUAAAAGACUAUGAAUUGAAAAUAAAAUCUAUGAAUGAAGAUUUUCAAUGUCAGAUUAAUGAUAUGAAAAAUGAAUUAGAAAAUCAAAACAAUCAGUGUGUAUUAAGGGUUGAGAAAUUACAAGACACUUUAGAUAAAAAGCAGAAUGAUUUUGACGAACAGCUAAUGACAUGUAGUAAGCUAACAGAAACAAUUUCUCAAUUACAUUUGGAAAAAUAUGAACUCGAAGAAAAAUUAAAAUCAAGUGAUAAAGAUUUAAAUCAAAAACAAAUAGAAUUUGAACAAGCCACUGAAGAAAAUAUUAAAUUGAAAGAAACAGUUGAAUUUUCUGAAAAUCAAUAUAUUGACUUGCAACAACAAUUAAAAGAGUUGAGAAACAUUAUAUUAAAGAAGGAAGAAGACAUAAAAUUAUUUGAAGUUGAGAUAUCAGAAUAUUCAGUUUCUAAAGAAAACUUGCAUAAACAAAUUAUUGAAGUACAACAAAAUUUGAACAACAAACAUAUUGAGUUGGAAAAUCAAAUUCAGUGGUGCAGUGAGCAGAAAGAUACUAUUGUCCAAUUAAAAAACGAAAAAGAAUAUCUUAACAAUAAAAUUAAAAACCUUGACGAUUCUUUAUCUCACAAUGAAUACAAAUUCAAUUUAUGCGAAGGGAAAUUAUAUGAUUGUAGUAACACAAUUAAUGAUUUAGAAAAAAAAUUAAACAUGAUGAAUAAUGAAAAGUCAAUUUUAGAAUUGCAACUAAAUGAAACUAUUUCUAAAUUGACAAAUGCAAAUCAAGAUCUUACUCUAAAACUGGAAAACAAUGAAACAAAUACAUUGGAAAUUGAAGAAAAAUUAAUUCUAGAACAAAAAGAGUUAAAGAAACAAAUAGAAAAGUCAAAUAAACAAAUAAAAACAAUAUCUCUUUUAAAUGCUGAUAAAGAUAGGUUACAAGAAGAAACCGAUAAACUUAAAAAAUGUUUGAAUAUAAAUGAAUGUACUUUGAAAUCAUUGGAGGAAAAAGUUCUUAUUUGUGAAAAACAGUACGAUGAAUUACAAACAUUAAAGACGAAUUUAGUAUCGGAACUUAAUGAAAGCCAGUUGAAAUUAACAAAUUUAUGCCAAGAAUCAAAGGAAGAACUUGAGGAUAUAAAUAUCAAAUACAUAGAAUUACUAGAAAAAUGUAAUAAAAAACAGGUUGAACUUGAUGAAUACAUUAGUAAAUAUAACUGCCAAGUGAAAUUAAUUACUGAUUUAACCUCAGAAAAAGAUAAUUUGAUAAAUAGAAUUGAUGUGCUUGAAAGUACUUUAUUAAAAAAAGAUAAUGACAUUACUGCUAAUCAAGAAAAAUUAAUUGUGUAUGAAGAAAUGAAUGAUAAAAUAAUAACCGAAAAGACUGUAAUGGAAGUGGAAUUAACACAGCGUCUUGAGGAAAUGGAAAACAAUUUAUCUGGUUUACAAGAAAUAGUAAAUUGCAAGAAUUUAGAUUUAGAAACUAGAGAAAUGGAAAAUGAUCAACUUUUAAAGACCAUCUCAAGUUUGACUUCAGAUAAAGAUAAUUUAAUAAAUGAAACAAAAACACUUAAAGACUGUUUAUUGGAAAAAGAAAAAACUUUAACAUUGAAUGAUAUUAAAUUGAUUAAAUUUGAAACAUUAUUGGAAGAACUUCAAAGUCAAAAAAAAUGCUUAGAAGAAGAGCUGAAUGAUACUAGAGAACAACUAGACAACACUCAACACAAAAUGACUCAAAAACUUGAAGUAAGCAAUACAAAACUACAAGAAAUUGAGGAACAGCUAAUUAAUCUGAAAGAGGAAUUGGAUGAACAUAAUAAAUGUUCUAUUGAACAAGUGGAGAAAAUCAAUUCAUUAAUGUGUGAAAAAAAUAAUUUGGUAAAUGAGAUAAAUAAGCUCAAAGAAUGUUUAGUUCAAAAUGAAUUUGAUUUAGGGUUAAAUCAAAAUAAAUUACAGGAUUUUGAUAAACAAAAUAAAGAAAUAGAAUGCCAAAAUAUGUCGUUGAUAAUAGAAUUGAAUGAACUGAAAUGUCAAUUGAAUAACUUACGUCAAGAAUCCACAGAAGAAAUUGAUAAAAUGAGCAAACAAUUAUUGGAAGCUCAAGAACAACUAAGCCAUAAGCAAUCUGAAAUUAAACUGAAGAACGACUCAAUAACAGAUAUUUACCAGAAAAUAAAUUACUUAAAAAAUGUGAAAGUUGAACUUGAAUCAAUGCUAAAGAAUGAAAGAAAAAAUGUUGAAACAUAUUUUGAAACUUGUUUGAAUUCAUUGUAUCAAAUUAAAAACAAACCUAUACUAGAUCAUCAACAUGAUUCAUUAGUAGAAGUUAUAACUUCUGCUGAUACAUUUAUCGAACAAAAUGGUAUUCAAUUGGCACGAGUUGAAAACUGUGAUGAAUACUCAAUUAUUGAAAGGGUGAAAAAAAUAUUUGAAGCCUUGAAAGUGUUUAUAAUCAGUUUAAAAACUCAAGGAAACGAACAAAUAAUGAAUCAUACUAAUAAUGAAUCCAAUGAAGCUUAUACCGAAUUACUUGCUUUAUCAAAAACUCAACAAAAAACCAUUCAACGUUUGGAAACUGAAAUGUCAACAUUGAAAACUGAAUGUGUUUAUAAAAUGACAAAAGUGCAGCAAAAAACUCAAGAGUAUGUAACUUCAGAAUAUGAAAAGAAGUUUGAACGAAAACGAGAACAAAUGAAACAAUUUUGUAAAGAUUUAGAAGCAAAAAUUCAUCAAGAUUUUGAAGCUAAACUGUCGAAAUACAAGGACAAAAUAUCUAAAGAUGAAAUUCACAUCAAAGAACUCGGUCAACAGUUAUGGGAAGUUAGUGAAAAAUAUUUAAGGUUACAACAAAAAGAUAGAAGAGAAUCAACAAUGUCCUUACCAUUUGAAAUGUCCGUGAUUUCUGAAACAACAACCACUCUCCCAAAAUAUAAUUCUUUUACAUUGCCAAAGUCUAACUCAGCCGGUCAAAUGAGGUCACUAGUGGAAGAGACCACUCGUUGUUACCAAGAUAAACGAAAUGUGCCUGCAGGAAUUGGUAAAAAAUUCAGCUUAUCGUCUGGUAAAAUAUUUCCAAAAGAAGAAGAUGAGGAAGGUGAAAUGUUCAACCACUCAUGCCUUUCAGAUCUAAAACAGGGUAGGGUGAGACUCAAUGAUAAUAAAAAACAAUUUAAUGAAAGACUGUCAGAACUACAAGCCCGCAACUCGCUUUGUCCACCACAUUUAAGAAGUUGUUAUGCUGCAGAGACCAAUUUCUUGCCAAAUACCUCAUUAGUUUCAGAAGAAGAUAUUAAGACAACAGCUAAUUAUAGUGAUUAUGAGACUGAAAACCUUAUCCCAAAUGAUCGUACCAAGAAAAAAGAUAGAAAUCAGACAUCUUAUAAGAAACCAGGACCACCAACUCCAAGUAAAAAUGGAGGUCGUGUGUCUUUAUCGAAUAAUCCGAAAAUCACAUUGAAAGAAUCUAAAGAAACCAAUACUAAUAAAAGACGAGCCAGCAGUACUCCAAACAAAUUAUUUGGCUUAUUUAUGAGCAAAAAGAAUUAAAUUUAUAUAGUUUUUCAAGAUUUUGAAUUAUCUAAUAACUGCACGAUUAUUUUUAUGUUUAUAAAAAUUGUAUAUCUUAUUGCAUUUUACUCUAUUAUUAUUUUGUUUUUAAUGUAU